AUGCCGCCGAUGCUGCGAUGCGUCGUCGCCGCGGCGCUGGCCGCCGUCGCCGCCGAGGGCGCGACGGUGCUCCUGUCCAAGGCCCGCGUCUACGCCGAGGAGGGCGGCCGGGCGACCUACACCGUCGUGCUCAGCGAGGCGCCGACCGCCGACGUGACCGUCGCCAUGACCAUCGGCGACGAUUCGCUGCUCAAGUUCCUCACGAGCGCCUCGCUCACGUUCACGAGUAGCGACUGGUCGGCGGAGCAGACGGUGCGGGUCAAGGCCAAGUCGAACGGCGACGACAGCGGCGCGCUGUACACGGACGUCGCCGUGACCCACGCGGCCUCGAGCGCCGACGCCGACUUCGACGGCGCCGCCUUUAGCGCGUCGGACGAGGUCGUCGUCCGCAUCUACGACGACGACUCGUGCGUGAGGGAUUGCGCGCCGGGGACGUACUACGACGCCUGCAACCACACGCGCGCGUGCCUGCCCUGCCUCGAGGGCCACUGGUGCGCCGGCGGCUGCGCGAGCCCGCAGCCCUGCGCCAGCGGCACCUUCUUGCCGUCGACGAGCGGCGCGGCCGAGGCCGACUGCCGGAGCUGCACGGCCGGCAACUACUCCGCGACGGCCGGCGCGGCGACCUGCGCCGCCUGCCCCGCGGGCUACGCCUGCCCGUCCGCGGCGGCGGCGACGAUCUGCCCCAAGGGCACGGCCGCGGCCCUCGGCGCCGCGGCCUGCGCGCCGUGCGCGUCCGGCUCGUACGCGUCGUCCGAGGGCUCGGCGACCUGCGCCGCGUGCCCGCCGGGCUACGCCUGCGCCGACGCCUCGGAGCCGCCCGUGGCUUGUUCGCCGGCGAGCUACGCCCUCGGCGCCGCGACGAGCUGCUCCCCGUGCCCCGCGGGCUCGUUCUGCGCGUUGACGUCGAGCGAGGCCCAGGCCUGCGAGGCCGGCACGUUCUCGCUGUCGAACUGGGGCUACUGCGCCCUCUGCCCCGCGGGCCACGGCUGCGCGUCGACGAGCGCGGCGCCGGCGGCGUGCGCCGCCGGCGCGUCCGCGCUGGUGGGCGCGACGGCGUGCGACGCCUGCGGCGCGGGGACCUACGCGAACGAGACCUGCCCGCGGGGCUACGCGUGCCGGCGGGCCGACGCGGCGCCGACGCCGUGCGGCGCGGGCGCCUACGCGCUCGGCAACGCGACGACCUGCGAGAGCUGCGAGGCGGGCUGGUUCUGCGAGACGACGGACGCCGGGCCCGCGCGGUGCCCCGCGGCGACGUACUCGACGGCCCUCGCGACGUCCUGCGACGCGUGCCCGCUCGGCUAUACGAUCGUCCGCAACCGGACGGCCUGCGAGGCCUGCCCGAAGGGGAGCUACUGCCCCUACACGGACGAGGACCUCGCCAUCGCCUGCCCGCGCGGGAGCUACAGCGUCGGCCGCCAGCACCUCUGCACGGCGUGCGCUCCCGGCUCCUAUUGCCCCUACGUCGACCGGGGCGUCGAGUACCCCUGCGACUCGGGGACCUACAGCGUCGGCGGCCAGGCGUCGUGCACGCCCUGCCCCGCUGGCUUCGCGUGCUUCGACGUCCGCGGCGAGCACAUCAAGGCGUGCGAGCUCGGCACCUACAGCAGGGUCGGCGAGCCGCUCUGCGCCGACUGUCCGGCCGGGUACCGCUGCCCGUCGCCGAGCGCGCUGCCCAUCGCCUGCGAUGCGGGGACGACGGCGGUGCUCGGGUCGAGCAACUGCAGCCUCUGCGAUCCAGGCUACGCGUGCCCGGACCCGGCGGCGCCGCCGGAGAAGUGCGCCGUGGGCUCCUACGCGGCGGGCGCGGCCUUCGAGUGCCCCGUCGGCGCGUGGUGCAACCCCGCGUCGGAGCUCACGCUCUGCCCCCUGGGCUAUUACGGCAACGUCUCCGCCGGCGCGUCGAUGGCCGACGCGUGCGAGCUCUGCGACCAGGGCUACUACUGCCCGCGGACGGGGACGACGGCGCUCACGCGCGUGCUCUGCCCGGCCGGAUUCUACUGCGAAUUGGGCUCGUCCUAUCCUACGGAAUGCCCCGCCGGCACGUACAACGACGAAUACGGCGCCGCGUCUUCCGCCUACUGCCGCGACUGCGCGCGCGGUUUCUACUGCCAGGCCCACUCGACGACCCCGAACCAGUUCCCAUGCGAAAAAGGCUACUUUUGCCCGGACGCGACGGCGUCGCACGACGCCUACCCGUGCCCGGCGCGGGCCCGUGCGGGGACGUUCUCGGACCAGACGCAGCUCACUGACGCGGCCGAGCGUGCGGAGACGAACCUCUACGCCGAGGACCAGUACCCGUCGACGUGCGCGGCCGACGCGACGACGUGCGUCGACUGCCCGGCCGGUUACGCGUGCGCGGAGGGCUCGACGGCGCCGGCGCCCUGCGGCGUCGGGACGUACUCGAACUCGGGCGCGGACGCGUGCACGACGUGCCCCGUCGGCUAUUACUGCGGCUCGAACACGACGACGUCGACGGCGCUCUUCUCCGGCGGCGGGUCCUGGGCCGACGCGAGCGACGCCGCGGGCGCGCGCGGCCCGGCGCCGGACGGCCGCCUCGACGCGUUUCGCGGCGCCGACGCGUCCGACUGCCUCGAGACGCCCGCGGGCUUCUACACGGUCGAGGGGUCGGCGAACUACACGGGCCUCUGCGAGCCGGGGUUCUACUGCGGCGCCGGCUCCACGACGCCCUUCGCGACGCCCUGCCCCGAGGCGACGUACAACGCGCGCGGCUACUGCGAGGCCGGGAGCGCCGCGCCGACGAUCUGCCCCCGGGGAUACUACUGCGUCGCGGGCCUCGCUGCGCCGAUGCCCUGCCCUAUCGGCACGUUCGGGAACGCGUCCGCGCUCCGGCGGUCCGAGGACUGCACGCCGUGCUCGCCGGGCUAUUUCUGCGACGGCCUCGGCCGGCCGGGCCCGCGCGGGCCCUGCGACCCCCAGCGUCGGCGCAUAGGCGGCUACUGCCCCCUCGCGUCGAGCUACCCGAACCCGUGCCCCGCGGGCACGUACAACAACGAGAGCGGCGCGACGUCCGAGGACGAGUGCGACAACUGCCUCGCUGGCUAUUACUGCAGCGGCCUGUGUGGAUUUCAGAUCUUCAUCCGACUUCAAUGCAGCGGCAGCAACAACCCGUACCCGACGGGCCCGUGCUACCCGGGCUAUUACUGCGAGAGCGCGAGCAUCACGCCGACGCAGCACGAGUGCGCCGCGGGCAAGUACAGCGGCUACGGCGCGGCGGAGUGCACGGACUGCGAGCCGGGGACCUACCAGCCCUACCGGGCCCAGGCGACGUGCGUCGACACGCCCGCGGGCUACUACGCGGACGGCUACGGGUCGACGACGUACCUCCCCUGCGAGGUCGGCUACUACUGCCCCGCGGGCACGGCGAGCUACCUGCGCGACCCAGCGCUCUACCCCUGCCCCUUCGGCACCUACGGCGCCCAGGAGCUCCUCGUCGACGUCACGGAGUGCUCGCUCUGCGACGCGGGAUACUACUGCGGGCCCAAGGACGACGGGAGCGACGGCCUCUCGGCGCCGACGGCCAAGUGCGACGCGGGAUACUACUGCUCCAGCGGCGCCUUCGACAGCCAGGGCGCCUACUGCAUCGACCUCGACGUCUACGUCGCGUCCUACGACCCGGCGACGGACUCGAACGUCACCUACGACGGCAACGCGACGUCAAUCGGCUACCUCAAGGACUGCGGCGACGACGGCGGCGGCUGCCCCGCGGGCCACUUCUGCCUCCGGGGCAGCGGCUACCCGGAGCCCUGCCCCAUCGGCACCUUCUACGGCGGCACGCUCCUCACGGGCGACUGCGACACGUGCUCGCCCGGCGCGGCCUGCGACACGACGGGCCUGGAGGCGCCGAACGCGGUUUGCGCGGGCGGCUACUUCUGCCGCAACGCGAACGAGGGCGCGCCGUCGACGACGCCCCUCUGCCUCGACGACGCCUGCGCGGGCGACUACGGCCUCUGCCCCGCCGGGUCCUCCUGCGCCAACGGCACGUCCGAGCCCGCCGCGUGCGCCGCGGGCACCUACGGGCCCACGGUGGGCCUCGACGCGUGCCUCGCGUGCCCCGCGGGCCGCAUGUGCAACGGGACGAACACGACGCACUACGCCGACUGCCCCCGGGGCGGCUUCUGCCCGGCGGGCACGGGCGCGACGCCGGAGCCCUGCCCGAAGGGCCGCUACGGCCACGCGACGAACCUCGCGCGCGCGGCCGACUGCGCGCCCUGCCCCGAGGGCCGCCACUGCCCGGAGCCGGGCCUCGUCGCGCCGGGCCCGCCCUGCGACGCGGGCUUCGUCUGCGAGAUCGGCUCGGUCCACGCGAACGGCACCGCGCGCGCGGGCGGCCUCGCCGCGGCGCCGUGCGCCGCGGGCGGCUACUGCCGCGCCGGCUCGGCGCACGCGACGCCGUGCCCCGUCGGCACCUUCUCGCCCGACGCCGGCGAGACGUCGCCCGGCGCCUGCGGCGCCUGCACGGCCGGGUCCUACUGCGACGCCGUGGGCCUCGCGGCGCCCGCGGGCCUCUGCGAGCCGGGAUACUACUGCGAGGCCGGCGCGACGUCGCCGCGCGCCGCGCUCUGCCCCGCGGCGGCCGCGUGCCCGCUCGGCGCCGGCGCGCCCGCGCCCUGCGACGCGGGGACCUACGCCGCGGCCGAGGGCGCCGCGCGGUGCGACGCGUGCCCGGCGGGCUUCUACUGCGGGAACGCGACGGCCGACUACCACGACUACCCCUGCCCGGCCGGCCACUACUGCCCCGCGUCCUCGACGGCGGCGACGGCGCACCCGUGCCCCGCGGGCACCUUCAGCAACGUCUCCGCGGCCCAGGCGCCGAGCGACUGCGUCGACGUGCCGCCGGGCUUCUGGGCCGCGGGCGCCGGCGCCGCGGGCCUCGCGGGCAAGUGCGACGCGGGCUGGUUCUGCGUCGGCAGGGCGACGUCGCCGGCGCCGUCCUUCGCGACGGGCACGGGCGGCAAGUGCGGCCCCGGGAGCGCGUGCCCCGCGGGCAGCACCUGGGACCGGCCCUGCCCCGGCGGGUCCUUCUGCGACGGCUCGCGCGUCGUCGGCCUCUGCGCGCCGGGCUUCUUCUGCGAAUCCAACGCGACGGCCUACCGGCCCGACGGCGCCGCCGCGUCGUCCGGCCCCUGCCCGGCGGGCCACUACUGCCCCCGGGGCGCCGUGUCGCCCGUGCCCUGCCCGCCGGGGACGGCCCUCGCGACGCAAGGCGCCGCGAACGCGACGGACUGCGCGGCCUGCGCCGCGGGCUUCCUCUGCCCGAACGCGUCGACGGCGACGGCCGAGAUCGCGUGCCCCGCGGGCUCCUACUGCCCCGCGGGGUCCGUCGUCGCGAUCCCCUGCCCCGCCGGGUCGUCGUGCGCGGCCGGCGCGGGGUCGAACGCGUCGUGCGCCGCGGGCAGCUACCAGCCCCUCGCCGGCCAGGCGGCGUGCCUCGCCUGCCCGUCGGGCUUCUUCUGCGGCGUCGGCGCCGCGGCCUACGAGCCCUGCCCCCGGGGCCACUACUGCGGCGCGAAUACGGAGGCCGGGACCCAGUUCCCCUGCCCGAACCAGGGCAGGAAAAGAGAGCGAAAUUCCCAAAGGCUCCGAUCUCGGCCAUUUUCCACUCGCCCGAACGGCACGUUCUCGAACGCCACGCGGCUCCAGGCGGCGGCCGAGUGCACGCCGUGCCUCCCGGGCCACUUCUGCAACGACACGGGCCUCGAGGCGCCCGCGGGCACCUGCGCGCCGGGCCACUUCUGCACCGAGGGGGCCAUCGUCGCCGCGCCGGACCACACGUGCGUGCGCAACAAGACGAUGCUCGCACGCUUCGCGCGGACGGCCGCGCGGCCCGCGCUCUGGCGCGCGCCGCGCGCGGCCCUGAGCUAUCCGGCCCACGAGGUCGUCGGCUUGCCGGCGCUGUCGCCGACGAUGGAGCAGGGCACCAUCGCGGCCUGGAAGGUCGACGAGGGCGGCGCCUUCGGCGCCGGCGACGUCAUCGCGGAGAUCGAGACGGACAAGGCGACGGUGGACUUCGAGGCGCAGGACGACGGCGUGCUCGCCAAGAUCCUCGUGCCCGCGGGCACCGAGGUCGCCGUCGGCGCGCCGGUCAUGGUCGUCGUCGAGGACGAGGGCGACGCGGCCGCCUUCGGCGACUUCGUCGCCCCGGCCGCCGCGGCCGCGGCGCCGCCCGCGCCGGCGCCGGCGCCGGAGCCCGCGGCCGCGCCGCCCGCGGCCGCGCCCGCGCCCGCGGCCGCGGCGCCGCCCGCGGCCGCGCCCGCGGCCGCCGGCGCGCGCGUCGUCGCGUCGCCCCUCGCGCGCAAGGAGGCCGCGGCCGCGGGCGUGGACCUGAGCCUCGUCGCCGGCACGGGCCCCGGCGGCCGCGUCACCGCCGACGACGUCCGCUUCUUCGAGCCCCCCGCGGCGGCGGAGGUCGCGGCGGCGCCGCCGGCCGCGGCCGUCGCGGGCGCGGGCUACGCGGAGUACGCCGUGAGCCCGGCGUCGGCGGCCAUCGCCGCGAAGCUCGCCCACUCCAUGCAGACGGCGCCCCACUACUACCUCACCAUGGACUGCGACGUCGGCGCCGCGCUGGAGCUCCUCGAGUCGCUCAACGCGUCGCUCGGCGACGCGGCGCCCGUGGGCCUCUACGACCUCAUGAUCAAGGCGUCGGCGUCGGCGACCAAGGCCGUGCCCGCCGUCAACGCGUCCUGGCUCGAGCCGGGCGUCGUGCGCCAGUACGCGCGCUUCGACGUCAACGUCGUCUCGGGCGUCGGCGAGGGCCUCGCGGCGCCCGCGCUCGUCGACGUCGGCGCGCUGGGCCUCGGCGACAUCGCCGCGUUCACGGCGGCGGCGCCCGGGGCGGACGAGCCCUACGUCGCGGGCACGUUCACGAUCCAGAACCUCGGAGCGUUCGGCGUCGCGUCCGCCGCGCCCAUCGUCCACACGCCCCAGGCCUGCGCGCUCGCCCUCGGCGCCGUGCGCGACGACGUCGCCCUCGGCGACGACGGCGCCCUGAUCGCCAAGCCGACGCUCACGUGCACGCUCGCCGCGGACCACCGCGUCGUCGACGGCGCCGUCGGCGCGCAGUGGCUCGCCGCGCUCAAGGGCCUCGUCGAGAACCCGACGACGCUCCUCCUCUAGGGGGCCGGGCGCCGAGCGGGACCCCGGCGCGACGCGGGGGCCGAAGACUUAAAACACGAGCACGAGGGCCG